AUGUCCUGUCCACUGACCUUUAAGAUGCUACAGACCAGAGGUCCAAACAGAACUCGGAACCCUCGAGUUACCGGACACCACAGUCUCAGGACGGCUGGCUCACAGUCACUUGGCUGGAGACAGCGAGCAGUGAACACGCUGUGCUGCCUGCCCAGGCCUCGAGGCCGCAGCCUCAGGACCCCUCGCAGGGAAAGCACUUGGGAACGAGUGAGAGGAUGGAUGACUAAGUCCAGGCGCAACAGGCCACUGGGCAGGAACCGCCCUGCCCUCGUGGACAGCACAGGGCAGGCCUCACCAGACCCGGCGACCGAUGACCUUGAGAUGAGAGCGAGCCCAGGCGAGGUGUCCCCGGGCCUGGCCAUCAGACGCGUAGAGCCACUGAGUCCAGGACAGGAACACUUAGGCCUGGCCGUCACUGUCCUGGCCCAGGUGCCCAUGUGGCAGCUGCUAGAUGUCCAGGACCCCUGGGCUAAAGGACCUUCUACAAGGGUGGCAGCGAGCACUGCCAUUCAGCCUCCCACGGAGAAGAAAGCUGGACCUGACUUCUUCUGGGGUCAUUGCAACAGGAACCCAGGAUUGGAAAUCUGGAGGCCCAGAGCCUGGUGGAGGUCUGCAUGGUCCACCUCUUCUGUCCUUGACUCCUCGCUGGAGCUGCACUCCAGGGUGGAUCUCCCGGCUGAACUACUGACCCAGCAAGAGCAAGCUGAGCCCACUGAGGCAGAACCCAAGGCUGCAGGGCCAGCUCCAGCCCAAACUGAAGUCCCACCUGUAGAGUGUGUGCCAGCUCCACCUGCAGCUCCCUCCCCAGCUCUGGUACCACAGCCAGAGCCAGCGCCAGGAGCCCCUUCUCCACCAGGUGCACAACUGGGGGUCCCUAUGGAUGCACGCUGGGCAUCAGCUCCUGAGCUCCAGCUGGGGCAAACUCUCCUGCCCCACCCCUGCCAUUCCCGUCCAUUACUCUUGGUCAUGUUUUGGCAUAUAUUUUUGCUCUUAUUCUCUGGAUUUAUAUAAACAACAGAAUUAUUUUUAAAUGAAAGCAGAGAUUUUAGUCUUGUUUAAAAUGAUUAGCUGGGUGGCAUGAAGUGCAUUCUCUCUGCUCUACACCAGUCACCACUG